GGAAACUUGGUUUGAACUUCCCUUGAGGUAUAAGGAACCAGGAAGUCUUUGCUGCGAAAUUGGAAUAAAGCAGCCAGCAGGAUGACGAUUGCAAUUUUUGCUGGCUGUACGUUCUUUCUGAGAAUCAGAAAGUUAACAAUUCUAGAAAAGAACAGACUGAAGACAUCGAUUAAGGAAAAUGGUGGGCAGAUUGCAUUUGGAUUAAAUCAAGAGUGCACUCAUGUUGUCACUGAAGAUGCUGAUGCACUUAGCCCCACCCAUCUCAAAGCCAUCCAGAAAUAUGAGCUGCCUAUGGUAAAUGUUGAUUUCAUAUGGGAUUCCAUUGAAGAAAGAAGACUUCUACAAUGUGAGAACUAUGAGCUAUCCCAAACGGUGCCCUGUGAAACAGAUACGGAGACGACCUUAAAGAAUGCCGAUGACAGCCCUAAGGAAAAAGACGUUUCUGAAGAGAAUCACAAGCAUAAAUGGGAUGACAGCAGAAACUUAGAAAAACUAAGAUGGUAUUCAAAUAAUGAUGAAUAUGUUCCAAAUUUUCCUAAAGAGUUUGAGCUUGCAAAAUAUGACAUCCUUGAAAAGAUUUCAGCACAUGGUGAAUAUGUUGUUCUUGAAAUGCAAUGCUUUCAGCAUGAAUUCAGUUACCCAUUUUGUAUAAGAGCACAUUACAGCAUGCUGGAAGGACGCCCAAAACAAAAACGACUGAUGCCAGCUAAGACCUCUGAAGAAGCUAGAAGACUCUAUGCCCUUUCUAUUCAAGAUUUAAAGAAGAUGGGUUUUGAAUUAAGAAAAGACUUUCCAUAUCAAGCAGAAUAUUUAGCAUCAGAAAAAUUACAAGAGAGGCUUAUAGCAGAUGCAGCCAGUUCCAGUGUUUUGUCUGAAGAAGUUGGUAGGUUUGUGGAACUUAUCUGGACCGAAGCAGUUGGACACCUGGAUGGUCUGCUAGAUAAACCCGUAACAAGAAUCAGCCUCAAUGAUGUGAGCAGAGCUGAAGGCAUUCUUCUUCGGGCAAAGAAGUGUUAUGAAGAAACAGAAUCUCAAACAAAGCUGUCUGCAAUCAUGACAGAAUUCUAUAAAAUCAUACCCCACAAAAAGGUUUUGGAUGAUGAUGUUAGCAAAAACUUGAUAUAUACUAAACGGGACCUCUGUCAGCUGAUUAGAGAUAUGCUGAAUAUUAGUGAAAUAAACAUGUCAGUUCUUAACACAUCAUCCCUUUCUAAGUAUCGGACUUUGAGAUGCAGGAUUGAUGCUCUAGAUGUGGCAAGUGAAGAGUUUAAAAAUGUCAAACACUUACUGGAACAAAACACCAGUGAAAAUCUAAUACAGGUUUUGAAUAUAUAUAAAGUCAGCAGAGGAACUGAAAGUACGGUGUUUGAGAGAAAACUGGGCAAUGUUCAGUCUUUAUUUCAUGGAUCGUCUGUUUGCAACUUUGUGGGAAUCCUCUCGAGAGGACUACUUUUGCCAAAGAUAGAUGAAGAGCGUGCCUUAAAAAGAACAGAUGUUGGGUAUUUGGGUAGUGGCAUUUAUUUCAGCAACUCUGCAAGAACAAGCAUUAAGUAUUCCCAGCCAUGUGAAACAGAUGGAACUCGACUGUUGCUCAUUUGUGACGUAGCACUUGGAAAAUGUUGGAAGACUGAGGAAAGCUGCUACAUUUUCAUAGGUUAUGAUAGUGUACAUGGAGUCCGUAGAACAGAAAAGAAAGAAUCUAUUUUUGAGGACGAUGAAUUUGUAGUGUACAGAACCAGUCAGGUCCAGAUCAAAUAUGUGGUUCAAUGUACAUGUGAUAAUGACAAAGUUAAAGAAUUCCAGCCAAUAAUUCAGACUGAAUUAGAAGACCAGAGGCUUUCUUUUGAGGAUUAUGACCAGCCUAAGGAUUAUACAGUACCGAGCCAUGAUCUAUUGAAUGAUAUUUCUGCUGGCCUACUAGACAGAGCUGGGAAUCCAAUUCCUCUUAAAGAUAUUCAAAUCAAAGGAAGAAUAAUAGACUUAGUAGCAGAGGUUGUGGUGUUUCAGACCUAUGAAAAUGAAACAGAAAGUCCCAUUGAAGCAAAAUAUGUCUUCCCCUUGGAUGAUACAGCUGCUGUAUGUGGAUUUGAAGCAUUCAUUAAAGGAAAGCAUAUAAUAGGGGAGGACAUUUUUACUGUUUCGGUUGGAAACUUGCCGCCUUCAACAAAAGUGCUCAUCAAGAUCACCUACAUCACGGAGCUCAGUUACGAAAAUGGGAAUCUUUGCUUUCACUUGCCAGCUGCUGUAGCUCCUUGGCAACAAGACAAAGCAUUAAAUGAAAACACACAGGACUCAGUAAGGAAAAUUUGCAUUAGACAAACAGAAGCAAAAAGAGAGUUCAGCUUAGAAAUGUCUAUUGAAAUGCCCUUCAAAAUCAAUAACAUUAGUAGUUGGACACAUCAGCUUAAAAUAAAGAAAACAGAUUGCAAAGCAGUGGUUUCCACAACUGAAGGCAGUUUAUUGGAUGCUAGUGGCUUUUCGAUGGAAAUCUUGAUUGGCGAUGUAUAUUUGCCCAGAAUGUGGGUAGAAAAACAUCCAGAUGAAGAGAGCGAGGCCUGUAUGCUUGUAUUUCAACCAGAGUUUGAAGUUCCAUUUGAUCAUUUAAGCCUCCAAGGUGAAGCUGUCAUCUGCCUAGAUUGCUCCAAUUCCAUGGCUGGUUCAGCAAUCCAGCAAGCCAAGGAGAUUGCAUUACAUGCUCUAAACUCAUGUUAUUUGACAAGAAAAAUAAGUGUACUCAAAUUUGGGACAAAUUUUGUAGAACUUUGUUCCAAUCUUGAUGAUUCUCCUAUGGAUUCUGUAGCUUUGAAAGAAUUUAUCACAUCAGCUACAGCUACAAUGGGAGAGUCAAACUUAUGGAAGGUACUGCAUUAUCUGAGUUUGCUUUACCCAACUAAAAGCAAGCGCAAUAUUAUUCUUAUAUCUGAUGGACACAUUCAGUAUGAAGACGUUACCCUGGAGGUGGUGAAGAAAAAUACACUGCACACCCGAAUAUUCACAUGUGGAGUAAGUCCUACAGCAAAUCGUCACGUGCUGAGAACUUUAUCCCACUAUGGAGCUGGUGCUUUUGAAUAUUUCGAUGUGAAAUCAAAAUAUAACUGGGAGAAAAAGGUGAAAAGCCAGACAACUAGAAUGUUUUCUCCACAAUGCAGUUCUAUUUCCAUUGAAUGGCAGACUUAUCAAGCAGAUAAUUAUGACCUUACUUUUACCCCUUCUCAGAUAUGUGCUCUAUUUAACCACGAGCGUCUUCUGGUCUAUGGAUUUAUCAUCAAUUGCACAGAGGCCAUUUUAAAGGCACAAGUAGAUAAUCAGGAAUUGUAUACACUGGUGUCUACAUCUGAACUGCAGAAGACCACAGGAACUAUACUCCACAAACUUGCAGCAAGAGCCUUUAUUAGAGAAUACGAACAAGGAAUGUUCGAUAAAAAUGAAAUACAACAUGAGAUGAAAAGAGAAGAGAUGAAGUCCAACAUCAUUGAGCUCAGCCUGAAGCAUUCCAUUGUGACCCAGUAUACAAGCUUUGUGGCAAUUGAAAAAAGGGAGGCAGAUGAAGACCAAAGUGAUGAUACUUUAGAUCAUUUCGAGCCUGUAGCUACACACAAUGUUGAUAUUUUACCCUACAUAGAAUAUUCAACAGAAGAAUUUAUGGUCAAUCAAAGUGGGGUAUGUAUAUUGUGUCCCCCCCCCCUUUAAUGUGAUUUAAUUUUA